AUGGAGAGAAAAGCCUUAGCUUGCACAAGCUCCAAGCUACGCUGGUAUGCUCCAGCCAUUCGUGCAUAUGCACCCACAUGGAGGGACGUGGAAGUCCAGGAGGAGAGGUCAUCGGGUCCGUAUCUGCUGCCUUCUGCACAGAUAAAGCCAGGCCGCUCUAGCAAACCAACAUCGUCCGAGAAUGCCGUCGCCUGUUAUACUGUGCAACGGCGACUGCACUCCCUGCCGGCCUUCUUUUUCAAUGUAGCUACGGAAUUUGUUUGGAGUCGCCGUCGUCUUCUCUUUCACAAGGAGCAGCCGUACCGGUUUGAGGCUGGGAAUCGACAACAGCAAAAGAUGCGUUUGAUAAUGGGAUCACCGAGUAAAGAUGCCCGAUAA